AUGUCUUCUCAACCUAUCUCAGGGCAAGACUCGUCCCAGGAUUUGUCCCAACCCACUGCCAAAUGGCAACAGCUUCAGGUUUUGUCAAGAAGGGGAUCUUCUUCAUGGGGCCAACCAACUCCAGGAGGGACUGUGGGUGCAAUACGGACUCCUCAUAGAUGCAACACCGCAAAGGAAAUGUGGGAAAAGCUCCAAGUAACGUAUGAAGGUACGUCUCAAGUUAAGAAGUCAAAAAUUUAUAUGUUGGUUAAAGAAUAUGAAAUGUUUAAAAUGAAAGAAAGUGAUUCAAUUACUUUCAUGUUUACACAGUUUACACAUAUAAAAAAUGGCUUCAAAGCACUUGGUAGGGAAUACUCUAUGGAAGACAAUGUGCAAAAAGUGCUUCGUUUAUUACCCGAAUCGUGGCAUGCAAAGUCUACAGUAAUUGAAGAAGCAAAGGACCUAUUUAUAGUAACUCUUGAUGAACUCAUCGAAUCUCUUAUGACUUAUGAAAUCAAGAAGAAGAAUGCUACAGCUGAAGUAGAAAAGCCGAAAAAGACAAUAGAUAUGGCUUUAAAUACAACAAGAAAAAAGAAAAUUAUGGAAGAAGAAGAGAGUGACAAUGAUGAAGAAACAGCACUCAUCACUAGGAAAAUCAGAAGAUACUUAUUGAUUAAGAAGGCCAGUAAGCAAAAGGAUAAAGGAGAAUCAAGCACAAGGUGCUUCAAUUGCAAGAAUUCCGAACAUCGUAUAGCUGAAUGUCCCCAAUUCAAAAGGGGAAACAAUCAACAAGGGGAUAAAAAGAAAUAUAAGGCAAUGAACACAACCGAGUGGGAUGAGCUUGAUGGACUCUUUACUGACGGAGAAAACGAAGAAGAAGUUGCAAACUUUUGUUUCAUGGCGGAUGAGCAAGAUGAGGCAAAUUUCGAUGACGAAUACUCUUCUUCAUAUGAUGAGUUAGAAGAAACUUGUAGAAAAAUUUAUAAUGAAUUAAUUGUAACUAAAAAAAUAAAUAAGCAUCUUGAAGAAACACACUCAAAAUGCAAGAGAAAAGAGGUUUGCUUGAAGACCUCUUCAAUAAAGAACAAGUGGUUCCUUGAUAGUAGGUGUUCAAGGCACAUGAUGGGAAACGCCAACAAAUUCAUUUCUCUUUAUUACAAGAAAGAAGGGCUCUUGACGUUCGGAGACAACACCAAGGGAAGAAUCAUUGGUAAAGGUAAAAUAGGUAAUUCAUCUCUUUCUAUCAAUAAUGUUGCACUUGUAGAUACACUUAAGCAUAACUUGUUGACUGUUAGUCAUCUAUACGAUAAAGGACUAAAUGUUGUAUUUCAGUCUACAAAAUGCAUAAUAAUUGACUUGAAUGGAAAUGCUUUCUUGGUAGGCAAGCGUGAAUCAAACAUCAACACCAUUGAAUUUAAUGAUAUUAAUUCUUAUGAUAUUAGAUGUUUGGCCGUAAUAAGUGAAACUAGUUGGCUAUGGCAUAAGAGGUUAGGUCACGCUAGCAUGGAUCUUUUGCAUAGAUUAUCUUCUAAAGAACUAGUGAAUCACUUACCUAAGGACAGCUAUAUUAAAGACAAAGUGUGUGAUGCUUUCCAAUAUGGAAAAUAA